CAAGCCAGUCUAAGGAAGGAUCUGAAUCCACAGACUCAUCUGUCAUAGGAUCUGAUUCCACUUCAACCUCCUUGGUGUACCCAUGGGCACCACUGGAUUCUCUUCUACCCUGCUGGGCACUACUGCUUCCUCGGUGGGCAUUGUCACAACCACAAGAGUUUUUCCUCAGGGAUCCUCUGCUGACACAGCUCCAGCAGUGUGCCGUGGUCCACUGGGAGAAGAAAAAGUGCCUGGAGACACAUGGACGGCCAACUGCCACCAGUGCACCUGCAUGGCUGCCAGGUCUGUGGACUGCAGACCCCGGGAGUGCCCCGCCCCACCCACAUGUGGAGCCGGAGAGAAGGUGGUCACCUUCUCAUCUAGUGAUACAUACCUGCUGUGACAUUGGAC